AUGUAUUUGGAAGGUAGAGCUGACAGAUGGUUUGAAGGAGUGAAAAUUGAGAAACCUAAGCUGAGUUGGGAAGAAUUUGAGGAACUAUUGUGUAGGAGGUUUAAUGAUAGGAGUUGCAGAGAUGUAGUGGAAGAAUUUAAUAAACUACAACAAGUAGGUAAUGUUGAUGAUUAUCCGGAGAAAUUUGAAGAAUUGAAGCCCCUGAUGAUGAUCAAAAAUCAAAAUCUGGAUGAAAACUACUUCAUUUUUAGCUUCAUAAGUGGACUGAAAGAAGAGAUCAAACCCAUGGCUAGAAUGUUAAAACCUGCUACCUUAUUUGAAGCUUUUGAGUUGUCACAAUGGCAAAAGCAUUCCUUAGAAAUCCAGAAUAGGAGCUCUAGAGAACAUACCAAACAUCUGGGGGAAAAACAGGUUUGGUAUGACAAGGAACAACACUACAGCUACUAG